AUGGCGUAUUACCGCUCGGGGGGCGCCUGGGGCGGCUCGGGAAUGGGCUACGGCGCCGGCUACGGCUCGGGAAUGGGCUACGGCGCCGGCUACGGCGCUGGGUAUGGGGCUGGCUAUGGCGCAGGCUACGGCGGCGGUGCCGAUUGUGGAACGGCCUGCUGCGCUGGGACGACCGCCGCCAUGGGCUGCGGUCCCGCCUGCGGCGCGGGGUGCGCCGAGGCGACGGGCUGCGGCAGCGGCGUGGGGGGCGGCGUGGGCGGCGGCAGCGGCUGCGGCACGGGAGGUGGCACGAUCCUGAGCUACGUGGGCCCUGGGGGCGACUACGUGCAGGAGACAACGUACAGGUACGUGGGGGCGGGCGCGGGCGAGUUCGGGGUGCUUCGCAUUCCCGGCCGCGGCCCCAAUUGCUGCCUGUUCCUCCUCAUCCCGGGGCUGCUGUCCCUGCUGCUGCUCCCGCUGCUCUUGUUCUCGCUCGCCCCAGGGAGCACCACGACGACAACGGUGACGACGACUACCACGCCGUUCAUUCCGACAACCACACCGCCUCCCGAGACCACGCCAUCCACGACCAAGAAGACUACGACGCAGGCGCCUCCCCCGCCGCCUCCGCCGCCCCCGCCGCCCCCGCCGCCGCCUCCGCCCCCGCCCCCUCCGCCGCCGCCCACGACCACCGAGAAAAAAAUCAAUUGCGGCGAAGGUGCCCCAGAGUCGUGGGACCAGGCGAAGAAGGUGCAGUGCUGCCUCAUGGAGAACAAGGGGUGCCCUACCACGUCCACGUCUCCCUGCCCCAUCGACUGCAACGCGGGAUACAACGACCUCGACCCGCUGCAGUGGGUGCGCGGCUGGUCUGGCGAGAAGAAGCUGUACUGCUGCAAGACGGCCCAGCGGGGCUGCCCUUCGGAGUUGCCGCCCCCUUCGGGGCUGCCUCCCUCGGGGCUGCCUCCCGCUCCGGACACCAACAAAUACGACUGCGACGCCGGGUACCACCACUGCAUGCACUGCCUGGAGCUGUCGUGGUCUCCCCAGAAGAUCAAGUACUGUUGCAACAACUUCCACAAGGGGUGCAAGGGCGAGGAGCCAGAGUAG